GCAGUGGUCAUUGAGCAACAGAAGCCUCAGAUCAGGAGAGAAAGGAGCAGAGGAGCAGCUGCGAUGGCUUCAGGAAUCCUGGUGAACAUGAAGGAGGAGGUAACAUGCCCCAUUUGCCUGGAGCUGCUAACAGAACCCAUGAGCCUGGACUGUGGGCACACAUUUUGCCAAGCCUGCAUCACUACAAACAACAGGGGGUCCAUGAUCGGCCAAGGAAAGAGCAGCUGCCCUGUGUGCAGGAUCACUUACCAGCCUGAGAACAUGCGUCCCAAUCGACAUGUGGCCAACAUUGUGGAGGCACUUAGGGAGGUCAAGUUGAGCCUACAGGAGGAGCAAAAGAGAGAUCUCUGUGUGCACCAUGGAGAGAAACUCGUGCUCUUCUGCCAGGAAGAUGAGAAGAUCAUUUGUUGGCUUUGUGAGCGGUCUCAAGAGCACCGUGGUCAUCACACCUUCCUCAUGGAGGAGAUUGCCCAGGAGUACAAGGAAAAGCUCCAGGCAGCUCUGGACAGGCUGAGGGCAGAGCAUCAGGAAGGUGAAAAAUUGGAUGAUAACCUUGAAGAAGAGAGAACUUCCAAGAAGGAUCAGAUAGAACAUGAGCUGAAAAGUGUCCAGGAUUAUUUUAAACAACUGAGAGGUAUCCUGGCCAGUGAGGAGCAAAAGGAGCUGCAAAGGCUGGAGAAGGAGGCGGCAGAGAAUCUCGAUGACCUGGCUCAGGCUGAGAGUGAGCUGGCCCAGCAGAGGAAGUUGUUGAGAGAUCUCAUCUCAGAUCUGGAGCAUCGGUUGCAGGGGUCAGCAGUAGAGAUGCUGCAGAGACAAAAAUUCAGAGGUAUGUGGAUCUAUUUUGUUGUCUCUAGGAGUAAGACCUUCACUCUGAAGAAGCCAAAAACCCUCCCCAUGAAGCAAAGGAGAGUGCUACAAGCUCCUGACCUGGGAGGGAUGCUACAAGUGUUUAAUGAACUGACAGAUGUGCGACGCUACUGGGUACACGUGACCCUGGAUACUCCCAUGGAUAAAUCAAAUAUUGCCAUUUCUGAGGAUCGGAGACAAGUGACACCUGUCCAUUUUUUGUUUCUCAGAAGUAAUGAUGAGGAUUGUGGUGUCCUGGGAUCACCUUCUAUCACAUCAGGGAAGCAUUACUGGGAGGUGGAUGUGUCACAGAAACGUGACUGGAUAAUGGGGGUAUAUGGAAAAUCAUUCCCUAGCUUCUCUCUCAAGGAAGUUCAAAGAGAAUCUUUAAAUAGAAAGCCUUUUUGCUCUAGAUUUCAACCUAAAUAUGGCUACUGGGUUAUAGGGCUAGAGAACCAUUCUGAAUAUAAGAUUUUUGUGGAUUCUGCCUACGCUGACUCCACGACAUUAACCCUGUACCUGAGUGUUCCUCCCCGUCGUGUUGGGGUUUUCCUAGACUAUGAUGCGGGCACUGUCUCCUUUUUUAAUGUCACUAACCAUGGGUUUCUCAUCUAUAAAUUCUCUUCAUGUUCCUUUUCUCAGAAAAUGUUUCCGUAUUUCAAUCCUAUGAAAUGCACAGCCCCCAUGACACUGUGUUCUCCAGGCUCUUAAACCUCUUACACCUUCACCCACUUCUUUGGAGUGCCUCUUGCCUUGGGUGCAUCUAAUGAGUUGAGCUUAACAUUCUCACCAUCUUUUCCAUUUUCUCUCUCUCUUUUUUUCGA